AGGUUAUAAAAACCUCUCCCCCAUUCUCCACCAUUAACAUUCCCCCCUCCAAAUCUGCUUUCAACAUUUUUCAUGCAUAAUUAGAGGGGAAUGUCCUUGUUCCUUGUCCGCGCCAUCAAUAUUCAAGAUAUCAUGAAAAUGAUUGCACGAUUAUUUUUGGUGUUCUUGUUUAUCCAAUCAACGUAUGGGAAGAAACAUCUAACCAGGACUUCACAGCCAUGGCUGACUCUUAAUGGUGAGCGUCCGGCAGUAAUAGCCCGCGGUGGGUACUCAGGAGUAUUUCCUGAGUCCUCAGACAUAGCAAAUAAUGUUGCAUUGCAAACAAGCUUGCCAGAUACCAUAAUAUAUUGUAACUUGCAAAUAUCAAAAGAUGGUGGAGGCUACUGUCUUUCCAGCUUAAAUCUCGCCAACACAACCAACAUUGCUGAUCUCUUACCGGACGGACAAAAGUCUUACGUUAUUGAUGGACAGCCAAUGCAGGGUUAUUUUACUGUUGAUUAUACAGCUGAACAGCUCUGCAAUUUUUCAGUUAUCCAAAAUAUUUUCUCUCGGCCAGCACUAUUUGAUGCACUGGCUCUCCCCAUCAGUGCAGUUGAACAAGUAGCAAAACUUCAACCACCGGGCUUUUGGAUAAAUGUUCAGUACAGCAACUUCUACGCCCAGCACAAGCUCGAUCCAGCAUUGUAUAUUCAGGACAUGUUAAAAACCACAGCCAUAAACUACAUCUCAUCACCAGAGAUCAAUUUCUUGAAAAGCCUCAAUGGCAAAAUUAACAAAGUCAAUACACAGCUUAUUUUCAUGUUCAAAGAAGCCACAGCAGUAGAACCCACCACAAACCAAACGUAUGCUUCACUGCUCAAAGAUCUCCCCUCAAUCAAGCUAUUUGCCUCUGGGAUUCUAGUUCCCAAAGAAUACAUAUUACCCAUCAAUGCUCAAAUGUACUUGGAGGCACCCACUACUCUAGUACUAGAUGCUCACAAACAGGGCCUCCAAGUGUAUGCUUAUAGUUUUGCCAAUGAUGACGUGGCCAGUUAUAAUUAUAGCUAUGAUCCAACCGCCGAGUACCUCCAGUUUAUUGACAAUGCCCAAUUCUCCGUUGAUGGGUUUUUGACAGAUUUCCCUUCCACUGCAUCAGAAGCAAUUGCAUGCUUGGCACAUAACAAGAAUGCUAGCAGGACAAUUAAAGGGAAACCUUUGGUGAUAAGCUACAAUGGAGCAAGUGGAGUUUACCCAGGCAGCACUGAUCUUGCUUACCAGCAAGCAGUGGAUGAUGGAGCUGACGUGAUCGACUGCUCGGUACAAAUGUCUAAGGACGGGGUUGCAUUUUGCUCAGAUUUAGCUGACCUCGCAUCAAGUACCACUGCAAAGGCGACUUUCCUGUCUAGAGCCGCCACAAUCCCUGAAAUUCAAAGUAAAAAUGGAAUUUUCUCCUUUGAUCUCAGCUGGAGUGAGAUUCAAACCCUACAGCCUUUAAUUGCAAGCCCAUUUUCAAAUGCUGCUGGCAUGGUAAGAAACCCAGCAAAUAAGAGCAAGGGUAAGUUCGUUACUCUGGAGGAUUUUUUGGAGUUCUCCAAGCAGAAAAAAGUUUUUGGAAUCUUAAUUGACAUACAGAAUGCUGCAUACUUGGCAUCAAACAAGGGUCUUAGCAUUGCAGAUGCUGUUGCAACUGCCUUGAGCAAUGCUACUUUCGAUAAGCAAUCCACCCAAAAAGUUUUGAUCCAGUCAGACGAUAGUGCAGUCCUAUCCAAGUUUAGCAAUGUUCCAUCUUAUGAAAAAGUAUUGCGCAUUGAAGAAGAAGUGAGUGGCAUACUGACGGCAACAGUGGAUGAACUCAAGAAGUUUGCUGGAGCAGUUAACCUCCACCGGACCUCAAUCAUUCCAUCUCCCAAUUCUUUCACCACCGCUUCUACUCCCAUUGUUGAGGAAAUGCACAAGGCCAAUAUAUCAGUGUAUGUUUCAGUUUUCAGUAAUGAAUUCGUCGCCAUUGCGCAGGACUACUACUCUGAUCCAAUCGUAGAGCUUGCGACUUACAUUUCGUCCCCUUUUGAUGUUGAUGGGGUUGUAACGGAGUACCCAGCAACUGCGACCGCAUAUUUGAGAAGCCCAUGUUCUAACCCAGAUGCAAGGCUAGACUACACCUUCACACCUGUCCUACCUGGUGCCAUGCUACAGUCCGUUUCAGGAGGAGGAUCACUAGGAAUGCCACCUGCAGCCGCCCCGGCACCAACUCUCACCGUUGCAGAUGUGGUUGAUCCACCACUGCCACCAGUCUCCAAUUCCUCAACGGCCGCUAAUAUUUCUGCAUCAACAGAACCUAAUGCCGCCACUGCUCCAGCCCCUAGCAAAAAUAGUCAGACAACAAAUGUUGCUAAUUUGGGUGUCAGUCUGAUAGCAGUCGUGGUGGUUAGUUUACUUUGAAUUGUACGUUAAAAUUGAUAGGUUUGGCAUGGAACAGGAACUCCAUUGUUUUUCCCGUGUUGAUAUAAUUGAUAUUUUAUUGCAGUAAAUUGUCGAGGAUGGUUAGUUUAUAAGUUGAGUGGCCAACAAUCUCUUUCGGUUUCUUC